CGACCGCUCAGCAUAGAGGAAGUUCCCUUUGCUGAUCCUUUGGAGUGUUUACCGCUCAGAGCACUUGUGGAAGCUCACCGACCACGAUGAAGAACACUGCGCUUUGUAGAUGGCUAUUCGCGUUCUUUUUACUUCGAUGUACACAAUGUUUUCCUACAGUCCAUGGUAACUGGUCUCAAUUCUCCGAUUGGUCAAACUGUAGCAGAGAAUGUGGAGGGGGGUUUGAAUUCAGAUAUCGUACGUGUACAAACACGUUUCCCCGAAAUGGCGGGAAACAGUGCGAUGGCACUGGUGUGCAGACACGUGCAUGCCACACCCAUGAGUGUCCACCAAAGAUUUGCUCUUUUGAUCAUCUUGUGAAGUUUGUCGCGGAUCUUUUUCCUGAAAAGAGUUUCGAAGUUAACAAUCAGUUCAUAGGAGCCUUACACCAGGUUACAAGAGCUAAAGAGACCGCUAAAGGAAUAACAAGCAACGUCAGGCUGGAUAAAAGACAUUUAAUCAGACGCAUAAACACAGCCGUCGAUCAAAAAGAGCUUUACUAUGGGCGAGUGAUGCUUGGCUUUUUAAUACAAAGAAAACAAAAUUGUUACGUAAAUGGACAAAGGAUUUUUAAAGAGGUGAAGGAAUCCCUUGGCGAUGAAAGGUUUAAGGAUCUGCUURGUCUGCAUGGCAAUGUCUCGCUAAUCUUUACACUUGACACUACCAAAAGCAUGAAAGAAGAAAUUCCACAGAUAAGAGCACUCGCUAAGGCUCUCAAUAGCUAUAGCAGAAGAACAAAGGUGGAAUACAUUCUUUCAACGUACAACGACCCAGACCACGGCCUGGUGAAAAGAUUUGCAAACGAAGACAAGAGAAAAUUUGACAAUGCAAUUGGCCGUCUGUCGACAUUUGGUGGCGGUGACUGCAAGGAGCCCACAUUUGAAGGAAUCAUCAACGCUAUCGACCUUGGUACUCCAUUUUCAAGCUCUCCAAUCUAUGUAUUCACUGAUUCUCCAUCUAAAGCAAAAGGCUAUCGCACAUGGGAUGCGGUUAUUGGACUUGCACGUGACCAAAUGAUGAACAUUAACUUUUUCUUUAGUUCAUAUGGCUGUGCUAAUCCCAUGUUGGAUAGAGACUACCGCAAURUCAUAGAAGACACUGGUGGCGUAGAACUAUUUUUUUCCUCUCCACUGUCCUUCUUUAGAGCCGAGGAUGUCAUUAAAUCCGAUUUAGAUGGGACUGCAAUCAUUUCAACUGGAAGCUACAAAGGUAGUGAAAUCCGAAUGGCAUCGCGACGAAUUGAGUUCCCAGUCGAUAAAACCAUCCUUCGGCUCAUCGUAUCCAUCUCUGCUGUGUCCAAUCGUUCUGCGGUGAGCCUCUUCGACUCCACUGGCAACAAAAUUCUAAGAAAGCUUCAGAUGUUUGAAGGAGUGCUUUGGAUUGUUGAAAAUCCUGCCAAUGGAACCUGGGCACUAGUAAUUAACCCUUCAGUCAAAACCUGUUUCUAUAUGAUCAAAGCAAGUAAUGUACUGAAUAUCAAUUUUGACCUCAUCUUUGUGAGAACGCCACAGCUGUCACGCCAGCAAGUACAAAUUUCAAAUCCACUUCAAGGCGAAAAGGCAAGAGCAAAGGUAAUUAUUCCUAGACUGUCAAGACUAAAUAAAUCAACACUCAAACUCUAUCUUCUGGACAAGUAUGGCACACCCAUCUCACCACUUCUCUUGAGCAAUGAAGGCGAGGUUACGUUUGACCUCCCCGCCACAAAUUCAUUUAGAAUUCGUCUAACUGGUAAUACAUCAGAUGGUGAACCGUUCAUGCGAACGUCUACAAAUAUUAGACCUUCAAAGGCUAUAUUAAGAACGAAAAUCCUCCCAGAUCUUCUGAACAUUAAGCGAGGACGAAUUUCAUAUUUUCGGGCAAUUAUCGACUAUGCUUCGGAAAGACCUCGGUUAUUCCGAAUAGUUGGAUAUUCGUUUACGAGAGGUAUAAAGUUAACCAUGCGAAGAACAGUGCGGGUUACCAAGUCAAGGCCUGGCUCCAUUCCAGUGUUUAUUGUUACGCGAUUUAAGGUACCUGCUGGUACUGUUGCUAGGAUACACAUCACGGCAAAGAGUCAUGACGUCAGAACUCAUUUACUAGAGAGURUAAUGGUGACAUAAGACAGUGUAAGUUUUUUUUUUUUCAAGAUAUGACGAAAAAUUGAAAUUUGAAAACAAAGAAAGCAACGAUAUCUUACCAAGAAAGAUACAACUUAGUGAUACAUCAGCUUAUGCAUCAAAGUAUUAACAAUUGUUUUUGCUCCCAGUGAAAAUGGAUUUAACAUUUACAAGUUCGAAGCUGAAAACCUUUUACUGUGAUCCACUUAACUCUUCCAUAUCAWCGAAAAGCUCUUAAUUACGAGAAAUUCAAAAUCACACAGCGAGAUACAGAUGCCGAGUGGCUAAAUCACUUAUUGGGCUUUAAAAAAAAUGUACGACCGGAGACAGGCUCUCCUAACAUGUGAAUAUAUUGUUGUUAUAAAUUAUUCUUCGAUUUUGAUGGAAUAGGAUUAUAGAAUAAUCUUAACCAUUUGAACAGAUAAAUCAUAAGGUCCGUCAGAGACA